AUGAAUGGAUCAUGGUUCGAUGUUUCAACAAGUCCAAACGACCCGCUGUUUUUAUUACAUCAUACAUUUGUUGAUAAACUGUUUGAACUAUGGUACAGAAAGUACCGACCAAGUCUUGAUCAAUAUCCCAAACGUGGAUGUCCACCAGGUCACAAUGCAUAUUCACCAAUAGUACCAUUUUUCCCAGUCAUUGAAAAUAUUGCCUAUUUCAUUGAUUCGCGAAGUCUUGGCUACGAUUAUGAUGAUUAUAAAGCAGGCAGUAUGAUAAUUGUUCCAGCUGAAUUCACUAACAUGAACUUGGCUUCAAUGAACACAAGCACUCCAGUAUGGGAUCCAACUGUCAUCGCGACAAUUGUCUUCUCUAUUAUUGUCUUUUUAAUAUUGACAUUAUUUAUUGUAUUGAGUAUAGUUUACAAGAAGAAGAAGAAGCAGAACUAUUCCUACUAUGAUUACUAUUCACCAAUUGAUAAUAGUGAACAACAACAACAGCCACAGAUUGCAGUGAAUAAAAGUUGGAGAAGAGCACCGCAUUAUUUUAUAUCGGGUGAAAAUUAUCGAAAUCCACCGCCACCGCCGUAUACUGGUCAACAUGAAAAAACACGUCUGCUGGAUGAUAUAGCCUAG